AUGUUUGGAGCAUUCAGAGCAUCAACCGUCAGCCAAGGAGGUCUUCUCUGGAAGGCUCGCAUGAAGAUGGAUUUGAGCCCUACACAAAAGGCAAACAUCCGCAAGCGCCUGAAGGCCGCCGACGACGUCGUUAUGAAGAUUCAGCAGUCUGGCAUUGAGUGCAAUGCCUUGACAAAGUUGAAGGCCGAGCCUACAGAGGCCCAGAUGCCCGCCAAGGACAAGUACACCGUCUUCAGCAGGACCUUCAAGGGAUACCGCAAGUCUGUCCACAAGGUCCCUCACUUCACCAAGGUCGCCAUCCCCCGUACCGCCCCCGCUGGAUUCUAA